UAUAAAACCCCAUCAUAUGUUUCAUCCACAAACCACGGCCAUAAAGUUUUGUUUUCACUAUUUCUAAAAUUAACUCACUCAUGGCAGUCUCUUUUGGUUCCACAAGUCAUGUUGUGCUCACUUUUUACCUACUAUCCACAUUGGGGCUGUUUGCUCCUCAGGCCGAAGCUGCACCGCGUGCUUUUUUCGUGUUUGGAGACUCAUUAGUUGACAGUGGCAACAACAAUUACUUGGCUACCACUGCCCGAGCGGAUGCACCACCUUAUGGUAUUGAUCACCCGAGUCAUCGAGCCACUGGACGGUUCUCCAAUGGCCUCAACAUACCCGACCUCAUCAGUCAACGCAUCGGCUCUGAACCCACAUUGCCGUACUUGAGCCCCGAGCUCACUGGGGAAAAACUUCUCCGCGGUGCCAACUUUGCAUCAGCUGGAGUUGGAAUAUUGAAUGACACCGGAGUCCAAUUUGUGAACAUAAUAAGGGCACCAGUACAACUUGACUACUUUAAGCAAUACCAACAACGAGUUAGUGCACUCUUAGGGCCCGAAUACACGAAACAACUUGUAAACAAUGCACUCUUUCUCGUAACACUCGGUGGCAAUGACUUUGUUAAUAACUAUUACUUAGUCCCAUUAUCGGCACGCUCCCGUCAAUAUAAACUCCAAGAUUAUGUCCCUUUUAUCAUAUCUGAAUACAGAAAGAUUUUAUUGAGGCUUUAUGACUUGGGAGCACGGAGGGUGCUAGUGACAGGAACCGGUCCAUUAGGGUGCGUGCCAGCAGAACUGGCUCAGCAUAGUAGAAACGGUGAAUGUGUAGCCGAGCUUCAAUACGCUGCAUCUUUAUUCAACCCACAAUUAGACGAUAUGCUUACUAGUCUUAAUCAAGAACUUGGUAGUCAUGUGUUUGUUGGUGUAAACACAAGGCAAAUGCACAAUGAUUUCAUGAGCAAUCCAGGAGCUUAUGGAUUUGUUACUGCAAAAAUAGCAUGUUGCGGACAAGGGCCAUACAAUGGGAUCGGACUAUGUACCCCAAUGUCGAACGUAUGCCCAAACAGGGAUGUUUAUGCGUUUUGGGAUGCAUUCCAUCCGUCUGAGAAGGCAAGCAGACUUAUUGUGGAACAGAUUAUGAGUGGAACAACUGAGUACAUGAAACCCAUGAAUCUAAGUACCAUUUUGGCUAUAGAUUCUAAUCAGCUUUAGCUAUUGGUAUUGUGUGUAUCCAAACAGAUAUUCCAUAACCACAAAUUAAUGUCUGUGUUUUCUUGGAUUUGUGUUUCUGGAUGGUCUAUUAUCUUGAUUAAGGAUGCUUCUUGUUCUGAUCUUAA